CCGUGCCCCUCCCCUGCUCCGGCCUCGCUCCUGUCAGGAGUCAGGCAUGGCCUUCCAGUGAGUGGCUGCAGGAUGUUGCAGCCCGAGGGCCCCAGGGCCUUGGAGGAGGGGGCCACCGUGAUCCCCACGGCCCCCAGGAACGACUGCAUCAUCUGCUACUCGGCCUACGACCUCUCCACGCACCUGCCCCGCCGCCUCUACUGCGGCCACACUUUCUGCCAGGCGUGCGUGCGGCGGCUGGACACGCCAGCCCAGGAGCAGCACUGGAUCCCCUGCCCGCAGUGCCGGCAGAGCACGCCCACGCCCCGCGGAGGGGUGGCCACACUCGACCUGGACCUGCCCGCCUUCUUGGCGGUCAGAGCCGCACGAGGGCCACCGCACGCCGAGCCGCCCCCCCCAGCCCCCCUCAAAGGCAGCACCGCCAUCAGGCGGCAGCCAACGGGGCUCUGCCCCACCCUGGGCCCCCAGCCCCAUUUCCCCCAGCCCAGACGCUGCUGCUCCGGCUGGAGGAGCCCCUGCCUGUGCCCUCCUGCCAGCCCUGAGGCGUGA